AUGAGCGCACCCUCUGAGACCAUUCAACCCACCCCCUCGAUCAGCAGCGCCGUGCCUCCUGUCACAGCCAAUAAACCACCUCACGUCUUGAUUGGUGGUGCUGGUCUGGCUGGCCUUUUCCUCGGCAUUCUUCUAGAGAGAGCUGGGAUCCCAUAUGAAAUCUUCGAGCGUUCUGCUGAACCCAGGUCACUUGGUGCCGUUAUGUGUCUGACACCAAACAUCCUCCCAGCAUUCGAGCAGCUCGGCUUGUUGGACGAGCUAUUGUCGAUCUCCAAGCCCACGAUUACCGGAGUAAUGUUGACCGAUAAGUUGAAGCUCAUUGGCAAAGCUGUCGCCGAUUGCUAUGACGAGAUUGGGUAUGAUCGCGUCCUCUUCUCCCGUCCUGAGUUGCACGCCAUGUUGUUCAAGAAGAUUCCCAAGGAAAAGCUCCACAUGUCCAAGAAGAUCGUUACACUUGACCAAGAUCAAGAUGGCGUUACCGUGACCUUUGACGACAACACCACUGCCCGCGGUGAUAUCCUUGUCGGCGCUGACGGGGCUCAUAGUUCCGUUCGUCAGCAAUUGUACAAGACCCUGGAGAAGGACGGCCUUCUCCCCAAGUCUGAUACCAAGGAUACGAGCAAAGGUUACAUUUGCCUCCUAGGGACGACUAGCUCCCUCGACCCUGCCAAGUACCCUGGUGUAUUGGAGAAGGAAUCCGAGAGUUACUUUAUGUUCGGAGACAAAGACACGCCCUAUACUGUAAGCUACGCUGGUAGUGUUCGUGACUCUUGGAGUGUGUUGGAGAAAAAUGUGGUGAAGAAAUUUCCUGACUGGUUGACCUUCACCAUCCCUGGCAACAGAAUCUGCUGGAAUGUUAUCGUUCAGCUUGGACUUUCAUCCACCGCGGAUGAACACGCAUCGUCGUCAGGCUGGACUAAUCAAGACAACAAGAAGAUGAUGGACGAGUUUCGUGACUUCAAGACCCCCUAUGGCACCAUGGGAGACCUGUUUGAUGUGUCCGAUAUUGAGAAGGUCUCCAGGGUCUAUUUCGAAGACAAACUCUUCGAAACCUGGACGCAUGAACGAACUGUUCUUAUCGGUGAUGCUGCCCACAUUCUCCUUCCAAGCAGCGGUUCCGGCGCGGCGAACGCUAUGCAAGAUGCUGUUCUCCUCGCCAACCAUCUCUAUGACAUUAGCCCCACCAACUUCAAGAUCAUCAAGACCGCGCUGAGUGACUACAAGAACGAUCGAUUCGAUGCAAUCAAGGAUCAAUACCCACAGUCGCACAUGAGCGCCAAUCUAAUCUUCGGACAUACAUUUUUUGAGCGAGUUUUCAGACACGUUGUUUUCAGCUGGCUCCCCAAGUCACUCCAGGGCAAGCAAUUGAUCAAGGAUACUGCUUACCGUCCUCAGGCUAACUUUUUACCUCUGGCGCCAAAGCGUGGCACAAUGGAUGUCAUUCCUCAGAGGCCUUCGAAGCGCAUUGAGAAGGAGAAAGAGGAGGCAGCGAAGAAAGAGACAGCUGCAACUGCUCUGUAG